UAUGUCACACAUAUAUUUUUGGAAAAAUUACAUCUAAACAACACAUUUUUAAUUCUGCUUCAUAUUUUUUAUUUUAAUUUUUUGUACCAACAGUAUUCUUUGUAUUUCGCCAUAAACUGACCAUAUAAAUACCACACAAAAAAGAAUCGAUUAUGUUGGCAACCGAAUCGAAUAAUACUAGUUGUAUCGUACUCCACGCUGACAAAAAUUUAGAGAAAUUGUAAAUCGUCGCAUCAAUUUGUGGAAUAAUAAUUCUUGGAACCCCAGACGACAGUUAGAUGCUUAAAGUCCUUUAAGCAGAAGUUUUAAACGCAAGAAAAUUACUAAAAUCAUAUUCUCAAAUACACACACUUUACAGUGAUAGAAAAAAUAUACUUGCUGCAGGUGUUUUUUCUUUCGUUCGUUUGGCAACAAGUAGAAUUAUCCCCCCAAAUUAUUGCCAUGCAAAAUUCAAGAUCGAGAGGCUCCUAUAAGCCGCAUCGUCGGCCAGCUGUUGGACAAACAACUAAUGUCAAGUCAAGCGAAUCGAAAACGGAAUCUCUUAACAAUCAGUCUGGAAAUGAUGAUAACGCGUGUGUCGUUUGCUUUAAGAAUGUUGAAAUCUAUUCGAUUGGCGACUGCGAUCAUCCCGUUUGCUAUGAAUGCUCCACGCGUAUGAGAGUCCUUUGCCAGCAAAACGAAUGUCCCAUCUGUCGACAUGUGCUGAACAAGGUUCUGUUUACGUUGGAAAAGCUGCCUUAUCGCGAACUUGAAGCUAGCAAUCGCUCCGAUUUCUAUAGCAAAAAAUAUCGCAUUGGUUUCUGCACUGCGGAUAUACAGCAGAAAUUCUAUAAGCUUCUAGAUCACCCAUGCUCGCAGUGUAAUGUGCAACCGUAUCGCACCUUUGAGGCUCUACGUAAUCAUGUGCUACGCGAGCAUCAUAUGUAUUUCUGCGAUUUGUGCGUGAAGAAUUUGAAGAUUUUUACGUUCGAGAGACGUUGCUAUACGCAGUCUGAGUUGACGACACACAAUACCAAAGGAGAUCCGGAUAAUACAUCGCAUCGUGGCCAUCCUUUGUGCGAAUAUUGCAACGAACGUUACGUGGACCGAGAUGAGCUUUUCAGGCAUUUGCGAAGAUAUCAUUACUUUUGUCAUUUCUGCGAUGCCGAUGGCUGCAACGAUUUCUACAACGUUUAUGCUGAUCUGGCUGAUCAUUUUCGUAAGGAACAUUUUCUUUGCGAGGAAGGAAAAUGCGCCACAGAGGAGUUCACGGGCGCCUUUCGUAAUGAGAUUGAAUAUAAAGCUCACGUAGCGAGUGUGCAUGGCAAAACUCUGAACAAGCAACAGGCCAAGCAGACGCGUACCUUACAGCUGGAGAUUACACUAGGACCACGUAACCGUGGUCGCGGCCCCAAUGAACAAGGCAUUACAAAUAUGAGAUCGCGCAACGAGGAGCAUCUGGACUAUUUGGAUGAGUUGCCGUCGAGUAGUGCACAGCGGAACCAUCCUGUAACCAUUGAUGCUGGGAACGAAGAAGAGUUUCCUAUGCUUGCCGGCAUUACGCCGGGACCGAAUGUCUCUCUGGUGAGAGCGCCGCCACCAUCGAUGCGCAAUUUGAGCGGUACCUCGGGCUUGGCGCGGACAAAAGAAAACUUUCCAGCUCUGGGAGGGGCCGCUGGGGGAAGCAUAUCGAAUGUUUAUAAUACCAGCUAUGCUAGUGCACGAGCUUCAGCUCAACCUGCUGCAGCAAACUUCAAGAAGUCUUCUAACGCAGGCACUGCCACUGGUGCUGGUGGAACUGUAGUGCGUGCCAAUGCACCCGCUAAUGGAAUGCUGUUGCAUGUCUCAAAUCGACCUGCAUCCAAUGUUAGUGGCAAGAAGUCAACAGCACCUGAAAUGGACUUUCCCGCCUUGCCCAUGGGUAAGGGCAAAAAGAUGGCACGUAAUCUGGAAGAAGAUAUGUUGCCCAGCGGCUCAGUCAUGCCCAUGAACAAUGUGGCUGCAAAGCAUCGUACUCUGGUCGACGACUAUGUUUCCGUAGCACAUCCGAGCACCUAUCAAAAGAUACAAAUGGUACAAAAAGAAGAACUAGAGGCUAAAGCACGACAAGAGGCGCUUAAGAAAAGUGCUCCUAAACUAACUGCAGCCGAGUUUCCAACUCUCGCGCCAACCAGCAUCAAAGUGGCAACAACAUCUAAGCUCAGUAGUGGGUCAACAAGCUCUCUUAACUGGACCAAGCCAAUGUCAGACAAGAAGCAAAAGGAUUUGGAUAAUCGCAAGAGCAAAGUAGCGCCAGCGCCCAUAUUACCAACGCCAAAAGGUGGCAGCACGACCAGUUUGAAUAACAAUAAGGCAAACAACAUUAACAAACAGGAGUCGAAACAACAGCCUGAGAACAACAAGAAGGAAAAGAAGCCCAAAGAGAAAAAGAACAAUCAAGAGAGUCAACCAAAAGUGAACAAUAAGCAAAAGGAAAAGAACAACAAUACAACUAACAAUAAUAAUAAUAAUAACAAUAACAGCGAUAAGCAGCAGCAGCAGCUGCUAAAUUCAAAUGGCAAUUUAUCAGGGACAUUGCGUGCACCACCUGGACUUGGCGCACAACCCAUUAAGCCACCACCCGGCUUUAUGUCAAAUGUAACUGUCAACUCGGUUGCCAAGCUAGCCAACAAUUUGACUUUUACCACUUCUUUGGGCGAAAAUUAUAGUAUUGUGCCUAGUGCUAAUAGCUAUAUUGAUCCACCCGAUACAGCAAAUCGUAAUCAGAACUUAGUGGACCAACUGCGUGAGGUACUGAAAACACCCGAGGCCUUUAAUGAAUUCCGCUUGCUCUCGUCCAGCUUUCGUGAUGGCACCUGUUCAGCUCGAGCCUACUACGAGCAUUGCCAAUACGCCAUGAUGGAUAAGUUUCAAAGCCUCUAUCCGGAGCUCUUAGUAAUGCUGCCCGAUAUUGGCAAACAGCAGGAAUUGUAUUUGGUGCACAAACAAUAUGUGAACAGCAUGACGGCCACCCAGAGUAAAUUAUUGCCUGAGUUGGAAGUAUGCAGCAAUUGCAAACAAAUCGUUUUGCCCAACGAUUUCGCCAGUCAUCAAAAAGCGCAUGAACUGACAAAGAAUUUCCCUAUAAUGGAUAAUGGUUCGAAUGAUUUGCUAAAAGCGGGAGCUAAGAAUGCACAACGUAAAUAAAAGCUAGAUCCAUAUGGUUUCAGCAGCCACGUUAGCAGCAACAACAAUAACAACGAAGAAUUGGAGACAAAAGAAAAGCUUUAGCUAUGUAUAUUUUGUAUGUAUGUAAUUAAUAUUUUGAUUUUGAAACACGUGCGCAUACAAGACUAGAAAGAAAAAAAUUUUGAAUCAAUGCCAAUGUACACACAUAUACAGAAAAACUCUUAUGUGAACUUAUCUUAACUAUAUAUAAAUGUGUAAAAUUAUGCCGUUGAAUGUAA